AUGGCCGCCACAAAAGCCAUUCUUGUCACUGGUGCCACUGGAAAGCAAGGCGGUGCCGUUCUCGACCAGCUCGCAUCAUAUCCUUCGAAUUCGCAGUUUACGCUUCUGGCAGUCACGCGAGAUGUGAACUCUGGCUCAGCCAAGAAGAUUGUUGAGCGACAUCCCCAGGUCAAGCUGGUGCAAGGCAACCUCGACGAUCCCCAAGCGCUGUUCGCAUCGGCAAAAGCUGCUCUGAAAGAAGCAGAGCAAGAAGAGAAGAUCUGGGGCGUAUACUCUGUGCAAGUCUCGCUGGGCAAGAAUGUCACGCACGAGAGCGAAGUCAUCCAAGGCAACGCACUCAUCGACGCCUCCAUCGAACACGGCGUCAUGCACUUUGUCUACUCGAGCGUGGACCGCGGCGGCAAUGAGCGCAGCUUCGAGAACAAGACGCCGAUUCCCCAUUUCCAGAGCAAGUACGAGAUUGAGCAGCACUUGCUUGAGAAGGCGGGCAAGAAUGGCGAGAACAUGGGCUGGACGAUUCUUCGCCCCGUGGCCUUCAUGGACAACCUUACGCCUGCAUUCCCAACCAAGGUUUUCCUUGCAGCUCUCCGCGAUACGCUGCAGGGAAAAUCCCUCCAGUGGGUGUCGGUCGAGGACAUUGGGCUGUUCGGCGCACGUGCAUUCAUCAAUAACGAAGAGUGGAAUGCGCGCGCCGAAGGCCUUGCCGGCAGCGAACUUACCAUGGACGAGAUGAGCGGCUGCUUCGAGCGUGUCAUUGGUACCCCGCUCCCCGCUACAUAUGGGUUCCUGGGGUCAGCACUCAUGUGGGCUGUUGCCGAGGUGAAUGUCAUGCUUAGCUGGUUUGCGGCCGAGGGCUACGGCGCCGACAUUGCCAAGUUGAAGAAGGAAGAGCCCAAGUUGUGCGAUUUCGAGACUUGGUUGGCGGAGAGGAGUGGCUGGAAAGACCAGGCUAUCAAGCGAUAG